UUCCAUGCAGCCUGCAUCAUCUCAUUUUCUGUACCGAACAUUCUUCCAACACUCAUUCGUCACCAGAGAAGCCUGGCAACUUCCUUUCGGGCCUAAAGCCCAAAUGCCCAUAUAAAUUGACAUUCAGGAUCUCCCAACAGACCGAAUGCCACUCUUAACGGUAGUGAACCAGGCUCUCCACCUCCCGCUGCUUCGAUAUGAACAACCCCCCGGCUAGGACAUACGGCAGCCCCGUUGUCUACGACGCCUACGCAUCUCAAAGCACUUCCUACCCGACAACGACCAAAGUGGUCUCGACGAUUGCACUCCUGGUCCUGGGUUAUUAUGCGCUUUCCUUUUUCGACGCAUGGCCAUCCACCAUUCAACGCUACUGCUACGAAUCGUUCGUCUAUCUCCUUCCCUCAAGGCUCCUCUACAUAAUGCAGCGUGCCCUUGUCAGACUCGGUCGCCUUGCCCCCGAGGAAGCAAGAUUCUGCCGAGCUGACUUUGGAAACAUGUUUGCAAAGGAAGAAGCUGUACAGAGGAUAUUUGGACCUCCACAAAUACCACUCGUCCUUCAUAAGGUUAGAAGCCUCUCUGGCGUGGCGGACUACAUAUCGUUGAGCAACGACGUUGGUCCAUCUGGUCUGGGUAACUGGGACAACUCAUGCUACCAAAACAGCGUUCUCCAAGGCUUGGCCUCACUGCCCGCGCUCUUGAACUUCCUUCAACACAGCCUGGAAAUGUGUCAAAGGUACAAUGUCAAGGCCGAAACCCACGAAGCACUGGUUGCCUUUUUGGAGAAACUUGCGGAUUCAAAUGGCAGGAAAACAACCUUGUGGACGCCAAAGGUAUUGAAAUCAAUGGACAGCUGGCAGCAGCAAGAUGCGCAAGAGUAUUUCUCUCGAGUUCUUGAUGCUGUGGAAAGGGAGGCUUCCGGCUACAUAAAGCAGAUAAAGAAGCCUUCAACCGCUGGCUUGGAGUGCCUGAAAAGGUUCGAAACGGCGAAAGAUGAAAGUUCAGGGGGAGACGUCGGGCCGAAUUCUGAAACUAACGUCAAUGAAUCAACGGUACAGUUGUUGAUCAAGACUGUGUCUCUUGGGCAACGGAAUCCCCUCGAUGGCAUGACCGCACAGGCUCUCGAAUGCAAGGUCUGUGGAUACACGGAAGGAUUGUCUUUGACUCAAUUUAAUUGUCUGACUCUGAACAUGGCACUUCGAGGUGCAUCGUCUGUCGAGGAUUUGAUGGAUGAAUUCACAGCACCGGAAGAGGUCGAAGGCGUUGAAUGCGAGCAUUGCACGAAAAUGGCCCAUGGAAAUAAGGCAUCGCCACCAACGAAGAGUACAGAGGCUGAGACUGUGGGAGAGGCGCCCAAGAAAAAGCCGACACCGGUCCUCAGAACCAAAGCUAAGCAGAUUACCAUUGGGCGUUUGCCCAAAGAUCUCGUCAUUCACAUCAAUCGCAGCAUCUUCGAUGAAUAUGGGAAUCAACUGAAGAACACAGCACCCGUCGGCGUGCCUGUUAAACUCGAUUUUCUCAGCCGCUGGUGUGCGCCUCUGGAAGAGAAUAGAGGUGCCGUGGCCGCUGUCUACGACUUGAAAUGUAUUGUCACGCAUUAUGGUCGACAUGAAAAUGGCCAUUAUGUUGCUUUGGGAAAGCGUGGUAAGGACUGGUAUUCUUUCAACGACGAGAUGGUCACCAAGGUCUCGGAGGAAGAAGUGCUUCGGCGAGGCAAUGGGUUCAUGUUGUUCUACGAACUCAUGCCCUCGCAGACUGAAGGAUCUUUUGAACCACAGCUUGCCGUGCCGCGUCUAGACCAACUUGAAGCGCCUACGGAAACUGACCCAAGCAUCGAACCCAACAGUACUACCGAAGUCGAGAAUCAACCUGCAGAUGAUAUUGACAGUGAAACGCUAGAGUCACAAUCGACCGCUCCACCGUCGACACAGUACUCAGAAGAUUCUGCUUUUGUCUCUGGAACAAGCUCACCGAUUAAUUCUCCUUAUGAGGCUCCGGACAGAGAAACAGCGAUCCCUGUUCUCAAGACGGCCGCCGGGUUAUCGGGCGGUGAACGACAUAAUGCGUCCGAAACACCCCUGAUAUCCCCGUUAUGAUUGAUUUAUAGCAGAUUAUGACGAUAUGACAGAUGAUGAUGGCAGACAAACAGGAUACCCUUGAUACACUGGAUUUUCCUUUAAGGACAUGUAUAAUUACAUCGAUUGAGAUAAUUUGAACACCCUGCGUUUACCCG